AUGUACCUGUCCCCCUCGCCGCUGCUCUCCCCGCGCGCGCGCAGGCAAGCGCUCGAGCUUCCCCCCUCGCCUCCCCCCGCGGCGCGCAGGCACGCCCUCGGCUCGCUGAAGCUCUCCCUCGCGUUCCUCGACGCGCUGGACAGCCCCCCCGCUGCUGACGCGGACUUGCGCCUUGCUGACGCGGACUUGCGCCGUGCUGACGCGGACUUGCGCUGUGCUGACGCGGACUUGCGCCGUGCUGACGCGGACUUGCGCUGUGCUGACGCGGACAGCGACGUGGGUGGUGGGAGGACUGGCCAGGUGGUUUGUCAGGUGGGUGGGCGGCUGAGCGGUCGCGUGGGCGGCAGCAUGACGGAUAUGUGGGAGCACAUGGAACGAGCGGGAGUGGCGCCGCAGAGGGAAGUGCGAGGAGAGCACGCAUUGCAGCAGGCGAUGCAGGGGGUAACGCGUCCGCAGUGGGAGCAAGAGCAGCAGCACUCAUUGGUCAAAGAUCCCGCCACCUUCUUGCGACGUGCAUCGUACGCAUCAUACGCACAGGAGUUUGACGCCACGUCAGCGCACCGGCGAAGGUCUAUGGGAGGGGCUGCUGACGUGGAGAAUGGGAGCAGGCGAGAUGGCUUGAACGGGCUUGGGAUUGGUGGUGUGAGGAAUGGGAGGAAGUGGGAGGAUGAUGAGGAGGAGGAUGAGGGGGGGGAGGAGGGAGAAGGGGGAGAGGAGACGGGGUGGGGAGGGGAGGGGAGCUGGUCGGGGUUGGGAGGAGCAGAGGGUGCGAGUGCGGAGAAAGAGUGGCGAGUGUGGCUGGCGAAAGGUGUGACUGCUGCCUCUGCGGGCGCUGCUAGUGCUGCUGCUGCUGCUGCUGCUGCUGCUGGUGAUGGUGGUGGUGGUGGCACUGGUGGUGGUGGUUUUGCUGCUGCUGCUGGUGAUGGUGACAAUGCUGGUAAUAGUGGCGGUGGUGGUGGUGGCGAGGGGGAUGGCGAUGGCAGUGGCAGUUUCAGGGAGUGUGUGUUGCGCAUGCCAUACGAGGCGCUACAGAGGCGGUACCACGUGGUGAGGGGGCGGAUAGGCGAGGGCAUGUUUGGCCGCAUCCACACGUGCGUCGAGCGGUGCUCGCGCCGUGCCUUUGCGUGCAAGUCCAUCAGCAAGAAGAAGCUGCAGUGCGUGGAGGAUGCGGCUGAUGUGCGGCAGGAGGUGGUGAUGCUGCACAUGCUCAAGGGCCACCCGCACAUCAUUGGGCUCAAGGAGGUUCUUGAAGAUCCCAAGGUGAGGCGUGGAGAUCCCAAGGUGAGGCGUGGAGAUCCCAAGGUGAGGCGUGGAGAUCCCAAGGUGAGGCGUGGAGAUCCCAAGGUGAGGCGUGGAGAUCCCAAGGUGAGGCGUGGAGAUCCCAAGGUGAGGCGUGGAGAUCCCAAGGUGAGGCGUGGAGAUCCCAAGGUGAGGCGUGGAGAUCCCAAGGUGAGGCGUGGAGAUCCCAAGGUGAGGCGUGGAGAUCCCAAGGUGAGGCGUGGAGAUCCCAAGGUGAGGCGUGGAGAUCCCAAGGUGAGGCGUGGAGAUCCCAAGGUGAGGCGUGGAGAUCCCAAGGUGAGGCGUGGAGAUCCCAAGGUGAGGCGUGGAGAUCCCAAGGUGAGGCGUGGAGAUCCCAAGGUGAGGCGUGGAGAUCCCAAGGUGAGGCGUGGAGAUCCCAAGGUGAGGCGUGGAGAUCCCAAGGUGAGGCGUGGAGAUCCCAAGGUGAGGCGUGGAGAUCCCAAGGUGAGGCGUGGAGAUCCCAAGGUGAGGCGUGGAGAUCCCAAGGUGAGGCGUGGAGAUCCCAAGGUGAGGCGUGGAGAUCCCAAGGUGAGGCGUGGAGAUCCCAAGGUGAGGCGUGGAGAUCCCAAGGUGAGGCGUGGAGAUCCCAAGGUGAGGCGUGGAGAUCCCAAGGUGAGGCGUGGAGAUCCCAAGGUGAGGCGUGGAGAUCCCAAGGUGAGGCGUGGAGAUCCCAAGGUGAGGCGUGGAGAUCCCAAGGUGAGGCGUGGAGAUCCCAAGGUGAGGCGUGGAGAUCCCAAGGUGAGGCGUGGAGAUCCCAAGGUGAGGCGUGGAGAUCCCAAGGUGAGGCGUGGAGAUCCCAAGGUGAGGCGUGGAGAUCCCAAGGUGAGGCGUGGAGAUCCCAAGGUGAGGCGUGGAGAUCCCAAGGUGAGGCGUGGAGAUCCCAAGGUGAGGCGUGGAGAUCCCAAGGUGAGGCGUGGAGAUCCCAAGGUGAGGCGUGGAGAUCCCAAGGUGAGGCGUGGAGAUCCCAAGGUGAGGCGUGGAGAUCCCAAGGUGAGGCGUGGAGAUCCCAAGGUGAGGCGUGGAGAUCCCAAGGUGAGGCGUGGAGAUCCCAAGGUGAGGCGUGGAGAUCCCAAGGUGAGGCGUGGAGAUCCCAAGGUGAGGCGUGGAGAUCCCAAGGUGAGGCGUGGAGAUCCCAAGGUGAGGCGUGGAGAUCCCAAGGUGAGGCGUGGAGAUCCCAAGGUGAGGCGUGGAGAUCCCAAGGUGAGGCGUGGAGAUCCCAAGGUGAGGCGUGGAGAUCCCAAGGUGAGGCGUGGAGAUCCCAAGGUGAGGCGUGGAGAUCCCAAGGUGAGGCGUGGAGAUCCCAAGGUGAGGCGUGGAGAUCCCAAGGUGAGGCGUGGAGAUCCCAAGGUGAGGCGUGGAGAUCCCAAGGUGAGGCGUGGAGAUCCCAAGGUGAGGCGUGGAGAUCCCAAGGUGAGGCGUGGAGAUCCCAAGGUGAGGCGUGGAGAUCCCAAGGUGAGGCGUGGAGAUCCCAAGGUGAGGCGUGGAGAUCCCAAGGUGAGGCGUGGAGAUCCCAAGGUGAGGCGUGGAGAUCCCAAGGUGAGGCGUGGAGAUCCCAAGGUGAGGCGUGGAGAUCCCAAGGUGAGGCGUGGAGAUCCCAAGGUGAGGCGUGGAGAUCCCAAGGUGAGGCGUGGAGAUCCCAAGGUGAGGCGUGGAGAUCCCAAGGUGAGGCGUGGAGAUCCCAAGGUGAGGCGUGGAGAUCCCAAGGUGAGGCGUGGAGAUCCCAAGGUGAGGCGUGGAGAUCCCAAGUCCAUCCAUCUCAUCAUGGAUCUCUGUUCGGGCGGGGAUCUCUUCGACGCAAUCAAGGCCAGGAAGCACCUCCCCGAGCCGCUAGCGGCACGACUCCUCCAGCAGCUGGUGGGGGCGCUGCAGCACUGCCACGCCACCGGCAUCGUCCACCGCGACGUCAAGCCCGAAAACAUCCUCCUCGUCUCCUCCUCCUCCGCUGCUGCAGCGCGCCGCACGGCUAGCACAGGGAGCAGUGCCACGUGUGCAGCAGCAGGAGGAGGAGAGGGGAGCAGUGUUCGUCUGGGUCUGGGUGAUGGGGUUGGUGAUGCUGGCGAGCACCUGGGGUUGCUGCGGAAAGGAGCCACGGUGGGCAGCAGCACAGUGUCGUUUCUUGGUGAUGGGGAGUGCGAUCUGCACAUCAAGCUCAUUGACUUUGGCGUCGCUGCCUUCCUUGACCAUGACGGCAUGUGCAGGCACACGGCAGGCACCACAGAGUACAUGGCACCAGAGGUGCUCUCAGGGGGACGCUACUCCCCUCUGGUGGACGUGUGGAGCGCGGGAGUCGUGCUAUUCGUCAUGCUCUCAGGCGUGCUCCCCUUCUGGCCGUCGCAACGCGAGGGCCGCUCCACAGAAGAUGCGGUGCUGCGCCAGCCGCUGCGCUUCGGCCACUUCCGCUGGGCCGCGGUGUCGGGGGCGGCAAGGGACCUCGUGGCGAGGAUGCUGACGAGGGACCCUGAGAAGAGGAUAUCGGCCCUGCAGGUGCUCGGUGAGUUGUAG